AUGCUGGCAGCGCAUGCCAACCGGGUGACUAUCUUGGACCGCGUCGCAAAGGCUUUGAAGAAGUUGGAAGGCAUGAGCGCUUCGUCCGUCUGUGCUUCUAGCCGUUCUAACACGGCAUUUGCAUUGAUGCAAUCCGCAUUUUCUUUCGAAGAGCUCGUGUUGAACCCCCCCACACCGCAACAGAUAGAUGACUUCUGGGAAUUGUAUUCCAUGUUGCUGCCAACUCUGCGGUACACAGUGUGGCCUGACCCAGCUACCUUUGACCACAUCCGGAGAAGCUACGCGCGCACAAGUGGCGAAGGAUCACCGGUGAUGCUGUGA